AUGCCUCUCGAAGUCCAUCCCAUAACAGAAGAAUCUGAUUUUUCUGAGAUGGUCAGGAUUCUAAAUGCCGCCUUCGGCUCAGAGCGAAGCACCGGCAUGGCGGCACUUACAUUCAUCUCGCAGGAAAACACCGAAGACGUCAAAAUAUGCAUCAGCCAACAUAUCAAUGCCUGGGGCACCGAACCAGACACACACUACAUCAAAGUCAUUGAUACAGAGGACGAAGCCAUUCUGUUUCCUUCAUCUCCUAUUCACAGACCCCGCCUAUGAGCGCCGUGGCGCUGGUCACGGCCAACACACUCUGCGGAGACGUGACCAGGGAAGGGGCCCACCAUACCAACCAAUCACUACAGGAUCAACUUGGCUCAUGCCAAGCCGUCAUGAUCCUGCUGUGAUUCUCAACCGGCUC